AUGAAAGUGAAAGAUAGAAGAAACAUGAUGAAGAUGAAGAUAUCUGAGAAUAAACAGAGGAAGCAGAAUGAAAAGAUUGGGUACAUGAAUGUUCAUGGGCCGUAUGUUGUUGUUUCUGUUGUUUGCCUUGGAGGUGAUUGCACAAGAUGGUUUGAUGGAUAUACAGGAGGAAAGCCAAGAGGACUGUACUAUUCUGAGCAAUACAAAAUGAAUUUCUUGCUACAAAUGACUGAGGGAGUGGAUGACUUUGGACUGGGAUACAUGUGCAGAUCGAGUGACGUAGUUAUUUUUUUUAUUGAUUCUGAGCAAGUCGAUGAGGAAAGACUGAAAGUGGUCAAGAAGCACAUGCCAAGCGGCUUGAUAUGUGUAUCGAAUACAUGUCUACGGGCAACAGCAAGAAAGCUUGCGAAGAAGCACUUUCCUGAUGAGAAGAUAGUUGGGGUUGAGGGGAUAUUUGAGGCAUUAGGAAAGAUGAAGAUUAGGAAUGCAUCAGUGUGUAGGCGACCAUAUUUAGUUCCGAGUAAUGUGUAUUGGGAGCAAGGGAUUCUGCAUGUUGAAGGGUUGCUGAAGCAGGGGUUUGUAAGUAAUAAAGUGAUUGUUAAUGGGAUGCACGAAAUGGAGAUUAUAGAGUUAAUGGCUGAUAGGAAGUAUACUGGAAGUGAGCUAAGUGUGAGCAUUGGAGCUGAAGAUAUUGGAUGUUCAGCAGGUGCUUUAGAAUGUGAUGGUGAGUAUGAAUACGAAAGAAUGGAUGUGAUAAGUGAUGGAGAAUGCAGCGAUAAUGAGGAGUUAUCUGAAGUGUCUGAGAUAGACAGUACUGGAUCUGAAUGUACAAUGGAUGAAGAUCCUGAGGAAGUAGAUGAAUUUCCAUCGUUAAUUGAGAAAUAUGCAGGAUACCGUGGAAUAAGAAAUAUUGCGACGUGUGACUUUAAGUCUUGUGUGUUUCCAGAGCAUUAUAAGGAGCUUAUGUUUUUUGAUGACUUUAAGAAGGCAGAAAAACUGGUUGUUGGGAAGAGAAGUGUGAUGCCAGAUAUCCAAAUGGUCAAGAUGAAGCUCAAGGGCGACGGAAUACCAUUUGGAGAUGUCAGUGUUGUGUUUGGACGCUAUGAGUAUGAAAACAGAAAGACGAUACAUAAUUUUUAUUUUGAUGGAAAGGAGGCAUUAAUGGAGGAAAAGAUGACGGUUGAUCUUGGACACAUGGUGGUUGAUGUUAAGCCUAUGCUGACGAAGAAUUUAAAUCAGAGAGUGUUUAAGAGGCAGGAAGAGCUUGGGUGCGGUGUUAUCAGCUUUGUGGGGCCGAUUGUGUUUAACCUGGCACGGAUUCUAAUAUACAGGAAGAGUGUGCUGGGAGAAUUAUCUGGACGAACACUUGUGGCGAUAGGAACCAAUGGAUUUACAGCCGAUAGGAUUGUGUUUGAUGAGGAGACGAUUAGAGGAAUACCUAUUAAAAUAAAUAAGAGGUAUAGCGUGAUAAAGAGGAUGUUUAGCAGCAAGGAUGAGGUGAUGUACUUCAGGAACAUUCAGCUGAGGGUAGAAGGACAGAAGACGACUGGGUUUAUAAAGAAGCCCAUAGGAACAAAAGGGCUGUUUAAAGGGUAUUUUACGCAGCCUCUGCGACCAGGAUGCAAGGUAACGAUGUCCUUGUACAAAAGGGCGUUUUUAGAGAAUGAAUAA